AGUCACUACAGUAUUUCAAUUCAGGCUAUCUAAAUGUAACAGUCGUUCAGUCUGGUUGACCAGAAAAAUGUAGCUUGGCAUCUGGACAAAACUUGAACUAUAGGAAAUAUUUUCCCAAACUACGGUCAAAAUGCUAUUGCUGUGUAUCCGACACCGCGUUAGUAAAAUCAUUGCUAGCUUAUCUUGGCUUGAAGGUUAUCUUUUUUGCGAACACCUACAGUUGUCGUUUUAUAGAACGCUUCUUAAUUAGGUAGCCCAAGGUAGUUUCCAUAAUGCGUUUUGUAAUCGCCUGUAUCAACGAUUGGAUCCGAUGCCAUUCGAACUAAUGAUUUAUUUCCAUAAAGCCAUUUUGUUGAGCAUCUUUACCUUAUUUUCCAUAGUUUUAUGCGUUUCGACCCCGUUGUCUGAUAGCAUAAACCUGAUUUCCACCGCCGCCAGCUUUCUAUGUAGAUGUCCUCUCAGAGCUUGCGAUCUAACGUCACUAACUCAAUUGUCUGAAUGCGGAAACUACGUAGAUAGAAAUUAUUCGAGCUAUUAAUGCAUAGCCUAGAUUCGCUUACCGUUUCUCAUCCAGUGAAUUCAAAAAGAACUCUAUUCACAGUUAAUAAGAUUUACUACACAUUGUGCUAAGUCAUUUAGAUAAUUUUAAUAUUGUAAGUUUACUACCGUUGGUAUUUAAUGAGCUACGCGCGUUGCAUGGAAGUGUUAGAUGAUUUUAAGAUGUGAAUUUUCUAGAACCAAUAUGGCAUCUAGACUAGUACGUUUGGAUAAAAUCGACUUAAUUUUAGAAAUCGUCUGUUUAAUCGGCAUUGUAUAAUCAGUGUGCGGGAUAAAUAGAUCUCGUGUGCAGGCACUUGCUACAAGAUAUGAUAGUUGCAGCAUGCGCCUCUUGAACAAAAGACGUGAAAUUCGUUCAUUGGAACAUUUUAUUCAUUCAUACAAAAAUAAGUAGCAGGCAAGGGGCAUCACACAGAAAAUGGGUAUGUUAAUUGGGAAGUUGUUUGUAAAUCUAUAAUUAUAGAUUGAAAUUGUGGACAACUGAAAUCCAAGGACAGGACUUUCAUGCCCAUCUUGACUGAAAAGAGGAACUUUUCUAUCACGAAUAGCUAUAAUUUAGCAUUCGAAUCUCUACCAAAGCUAUCUGUUUGAGAACAGCGACUAUAUAAUAAAUAAAUAAGAUAAUAAAUAAAUAAAAAAGAGAAAAUAAGGUAUAAUUAAUUCCGAACCAUCAAGUAAAGACUUCGAUGUGAGCACCAUGAUAGCAAGACGCAAGACAUGGCCUGCUAAAUACUGCGUGGCCAAUAUACUGCGUGCGCUGAGCACGAUCUUUGCAACUAGUAAACACAACCCGAUCUUUCUGUAAAUCGAUCGGUAAUAACAUGCGUGCACACACACACUUCUGAUUUUAUUGGUAGUUAACAAAUACUUAAUAAUUAAAAAGUAAAUUCUUUAGUAAAAAUAUGUAACUGUAUUGGCACAGAGAGCUUCGAUGGUCUGCAGAACACGGAUAAAUCAUAAACAAAGACGGUAAUCAACGUCAACUUCGCGCUAUCCAUAUGCUAGCCAUGGGUUACAAUACAUUUAGCGGCGUCACGCUUGCGUAUCAAACUGCCAUCAGUACAACCUUGACGAUUUAAAGGAGGAUUUAGAGUCUACUCGUUUCGCGGUGUUCUACGUUAUAGGUCGGUAUAUAUCUUCUCUAAAGCUGUGGUUAAGUGUUUGUUGUGCUGCCUAUCUUGGAUCACGCCCGAAGUGUAACCUAGUCAAUAAUUGACUCUUUUGAGCGCUGAAAGUCCAUGACGGCCGUCGACAGAUUAUUGCUCUCUUCCGCUGUAUUCGAUUACGAUCGAGAUUUCUGAUCGCUUGAAUACCCUGAUAGUGCUUUACGCAGUAACGAAGGAAUGCAAACGUUGCUGUCGCUAUAUCCUGAACUUCGUUUCGGGAAAUCACGGAAUCGGAUACACACAGUAUUGUCUUAUUCAUCUGUUUUGAUACAACGAAGCGUCCCUGCCGCGACGCACACAAAUCUGAUUACAAGAUUAGAGCGUAAGUGCGAUAUUGAUAUUCUCAAGAAAUGGGAAUCCAUGCUAAUGUUUAGUGUUGCUUUGAAAAAUUUAAACAUCGCAGUACUAAACGAAGAUAGGGAUCUUCACUGUGUGAGGCUAUCUCCGUCAGAUUCAGUGGGGUGUGAUCAAUUUUGCAAGUAAUGCUCCUCUCUUGUUACGAAACAAAUGGUAUUCUUAUGCAUUCUUUAAAAUGUCAACAUUUGGGAUAGGCCCAGUUCGGUCCCAUGCACUAUUGCGACAGGGCAAAAGACCAUUCGGUUCGCAUUGCAAAGCGAUUAGAUGGAUACAUCAAUAAGGCAUUUAUUUGCACCUUUCAAAUCCAUACCGUGGUGACAACUAACUUCAGCUUCCUGUAUGCUGUAAGGUGAAAUUGUCACAAAGCAAAAAGCAACUUAACUUUCCAGAACUUUCGAGCUGCUUCACGGGCGCAUGGUGCAUGGCCUAUGUCUCAGUUGUAGGCCAGCAAGCACCUGCCUGGCGCCGCUAUGCCUGCCUCAACCGAAAAAAGCCACUCAAAAGUGGGCAGCGUCGGCCGCCGACUAACACCAUGCGAUGCAUGUAAUAUGUUUUGUCCACGUGUCUAUAUUGCUGCCUGCGGGCACGCCUAUUGCGUGGGAUGUGCUGUCGUUCAACAGGAAGAACACGGUCAACUCCGUGUUAUGUGCAACGAGUGCAAACGGAGAGUGAUUGCAGACCUCAUUGAGAUGAAGGACCAACUGGUCGUGCGCGAUCUACCUUUUGCAUUGUGCCCCGGUCGGGUCCAUCUAAAACCGCUGGGCGGUCUCGGCCGUCGCUUGACGCCUUGUGAUGCCUGCAACAUGUUUUCUCCACGAGUGUAUCUCUGCGCAUGCGGGCAUGCCUUUUGUACUGGGUGCGCAAUUGUUCAUAAAGAGGAAGAAGAAGGUGCAGGGUUGAAGGCGUUCUGUCUCGAAUGCAAAAAAAAAGUCACUACUGAUCUCAUCGAGAUAAAGCCAAGUUUGCUUCGACAGAUGCGUUUCGUGUGUUCCUGCGGAAGGGAGGGGACGCUCGAGCAAAUAAAGGAGCAUCUGUGGGAGUCUGCAGAGUCUCACAAUGUGACUGACGUAGCCUCAAAAGGAUCAAUAGAUGGUCCGUUUGGAGCGGAGAGCUUACUUCACAGUUUACGCGAUGAGGUGCUAAGUCUGAAAUUGCAACUACGCACUCUGGUUGGCGUAGCAACCAAGAAAUACUUCUGGGUCGAUUUGCAGAAGAUCAUAGACGAACACGAGAAGUGA